GACGCACACACGGCUCUGCAGCCAUAGCAGCCGAACACGAUGGCGUAAACAAACAACGGAUUCUCACUGAAGAUCUCUCUUUAUGAAGGAAUAUUACCUUUUCUUUUUGAAAUAGGGUUUGGUUUUUACCUGACACUUAUCCCAAAGCCAGCUAGUACGUAAAACGAGCUAAGGUCACCCAGCAGCGCUUAAACGCUGACGUUAGCUAGCUGUAUUGGAUGCUAGCUAGGUUAGCUAACUAACGUUGGGCUAGUUAACGGUGUCUAGCCGCUAUCUUUUGCAGUUUGUGAAAAGUACUAAACAUAAUAAUAGUUUUUUAGUGUAGUUCAGCUAGGAAACGUACCUGCUAAUGUUAUUAGCUAGUUCUAGCUAACGUUACAAGCGGGCCAACGAUUAUUUGAGAGAAGCAACAAGUACACUCACUAUUACUGACCGUAGCUAGUAUUUUUACUUUGACAAUCCAACGAUGUCUAAGAAGGGCACUUUUAUUGGCCCCUAGGCCUAACUCAUGCAGCUGUAUGAUGAUGAUGAGCUGAAAUGCCGACCAGAGGCAUUUGAUCCAAUCAGAGUCGCUGCUACAUGACUAUUUUCCGCCAAUUAUCUGAGUUUGGACAGCAAUGUUUAGUCUGAUGGCGAAUUGUUGCAACUGGUUGAAACGCUGGCGACAGCCCGCAAGGAAAAUAACACUGGUAAUGGUUGGACUUGACAACGCUGGGAAGACUGCUACAGUACGCGGGAUCCAGGGAGAGAGCCCAGAGGAUGUUGCCCCUACAGUAGGGUUCUCCAAGGUGGAUCUGAAGCAGGGGAAGUUUGAGGUUACCAUCUUUGACCUGGGCGGAGGAAAGAGGAUCAGGGGCAUCUGGAAGAACUACUACAGCGAGUCGUACGGGGUGGUGUUCGUGGUGGACUCCAGUGAUGUCCAGAGGAUACAGGAGACCAGGGACACCAUGGCUGAGGUCCUGCGACACCCUCGCAUCGCUGGGAAACCUGUCCUAGUAUUGGCUAACAAGCAGGAUCGGGACGGGGCAUUGGCUGAGGCAGACAUCAUCGAGAACCUGUCAUUGGAGAAGCUCGUGAACGAGAACAAGUGUCUCUGUCAGAUCGAGCCGUGUUCUGCUGUUCUGGCCUAUGGUAAGAAGGGGGACAAGUCCAUCAAGAACGGACUCAACUGGCUGCUCAACAACAUAGCUAAAGACUACGAAGCCAUCUCUGAACGCGUCCAUAAGGACACGGCCGAACAGAGAGCUCAGGAGGAACAGGAGAAGAAAGAGAGACAGGAGAGAGUACGAAGGAUACGGGAGGAGAGAGACCGUCAGGAGAAAGAGGAGCCGGAGAGGGAGGGUCGGACACUGCAGGAGGAGGAGGAGACUGAUGACGCCACCAUUCCCAGCCCCUUCCAGCCAAUAGGCAACGUCAUCAAUGAGAAUGAAGACAAGUUGAAGAAGAGACAGACAGGAGGGCAGGGGGGUGGUGCCAACGAUGCUAGUGAAGGAAGGCAGGAGGAGGAAGAGGAAGAGGAGGAAGAGGACAGCGAGAGACAGACUCCAGAGAGCGGUGCAGUAUCAGUGGAGCAGACUAAGAAGAAGACUAGUAAACUGAGACUGAAGAGGAAACACAGAGUGGAUCCUCUGAGGACGGAGGAGACAGCGGCCCCUGAGAGCCCCACACCUCCACCACUUCCUGUGGGAUGGGCUACUCCCAUAAUGUCUAGGCUUCCCAAGCUGGAGCCUCUUGGCGACAGGAGUCGUUCUGAGUUCUUCGGCAAGCCCCUCCCCCCCGUGGCCAACCGUCAACAACGACCUAACAGCGACACUCAUGAUGUCAUAUCCUAGCCCCUCCCCUCCACCAGGCUACUCAUUUCCUACCUGAUUGGUUGUUCCAAGCCCCACCUUCAAUUCAAACAACAUUAUUUGUCCUCUUAAGGCAAUUUUAUUAGGCUUUGACCCUGACCCCUUAUCUUUUUAUUAGGCUUUGACCCUGACCCCUCACCCCCAAAUCACAGUUUCUUUGGUUUCUUUUCAAAGUACGUGCUGUAUAGAGGUCUACAGACUUCACCACCUGCUGAGAAGAUGCUCCCAAGACCAAGGAACCACCGCCACCGUCGUCCUCGAGCUCACAGGACUACGAUGGUGGAGCGGACUGGGUGGGUCCUGGAGAGAGAGACGGAGGAUGACUGGGUGGGCCCUGGGUGGGCCCUGGAGAGAGACGGAGGAUGACUGGGUGGGCCCUGGAGAGAGAGAGAGGCGGACGAUGGCUGGUUGGGCCCUGGGUGGGCCCUGGAGAGAGACGGAGGAUGACUGGGUGGGCCCUGGAGAGAGAAAGACGGACGAUGACUGGUUGGGCCCUGGGUGGGCCCUGGAGAGAGACGGAGGAUGACUGGGUGGGCCCUGGAGAGAGACGGACGAUGACUGGGUGGGCCCUGGAGAGAGAGACGGAGGAUGACUGGGUGGGCCCUGGAGAGAGAGACGGAGGAUGACU